CACAACAGAAAAGUGAAAUACAAAGCGACCAUAUCUACUAUUCCACAACCAACGAGGCACGCAAUGGACGCAGCAUACAGCCAGCCAGUCGGGCAGAUCCUCGCACAUCUACAAGUUGAUCCAGCAAGCGGACUCACGGAUGCCCAAGUCCAACAAGCAGAAGCCACAUACGGCAAGAAUAUCCUGCCUGAAGAUCCACCCACACCCAUCUGGGAGCUCAUCCUCGAGCAAUUCAAGGAUAAACUCGUCAUCAUCCUCCUCGCUGCUGCAGCCAUCUCAUUUGUUCUUGCCUGUCUUGAGGAUGGAAAUGAUAAAACGGCCUUUGUCGACCCAAUUGUCAUUCUCACCAUCCUCAUUCUUAAUGCCGUGGUGGGGGUGAGUCAAGAAGCCUCUGCUGAAAAGGCUAUUGCCGCAUUGACAGAGUACAGUCCAGAUGAAGCAAAAGUACUUCGCAACGGUGGCCAUAUGCUCAAAAUUCGUGCAGAAGCACUCGUUCCCGGUGACAUUGUGGAAGUGGCUGUUGGUGAUAAAGUUCCAGCAGAUUGUCGGCUCAUUGAGAUCCUCACAAGCAACUUCCGUAUAGAUCAAGCCAUCUUGACGGGCGAAUCAGAGCCUGUUCACAAGUCAGUGGAGACAGUCAAGGAUCUCAAGGCUGUCAAGCAAGAUCAAAUCAAUAUCCUCUUCUCCGGUACGACCGUCACGAUUGGUCGAGCACGCGCCGUGGUCGUCCAAACAGGUUCAGCAACCGCCAUCGGUGGCAUCCACCAAUCCAUCAGCUCGCAAAUCAGUGAACCUACGCCGCUCAAGGAAAAACUCAAUGAAUUCGGUGACCGUCUCGCUCAAGUCAUCACUGUCAUUUGCAUCCUCGUCUGGGCCGUUAAUUUCAAAAACUUCUGGGAUCCAGCACAUGGCGGUGUCGUUGCCGGUGCCAUCUACUACUUCAAAAUUGCCGUGGCCCUUGCCGUCGCUGCCAUCCCCGAAGGUCUCGCCGUUGUCAUUACCACCUGUCUUGCUCUCGGUACGCGGAAAAUGGCAGCCAAGAAUGCUAUUGUACGCAGUUUACCGUCUGUUGAAACACUCGGCAGUACGAGUGUCAUUUGUAGUGACAAAACGGGGACCCUGACUACCAAUAAGAUGUCAGUAUGUCAUUUCGCAGUCGUCGCUGAGAAGGGUCAGUUACGCACAUUUGAUGUGGAAGGCACGACGUACGCACCCGAUGGUGCAGUCACAGAAACAACCAUCCCAAGCGGCGGUAGUGAUGUUCCCGUCAAAGCUCUUGCUUCCAUCUGUGCCAUUUGCAAUGAUGCAGAAAUUAUUGUUGAUCCUGCGACAGGUGGGUAUGUUCAUGUGGGUGAACCGACUGAAGCGGCGCUCAAGACACUCGUUGAAAAGAUUGGUCCAUCGAAUGCGCACUAUAUGGAGAAGAAUACACGCCUUGCGACAUUCGAGUUUAGUCGUGACAGGAAGAGGAUGGCUGUUGCCGUGCAUGCUGCUGGUCAGUCGUCGAUUGAUUUACUCGUCAAGGGCGCACCAGAAGCAAUCCUAUCACAAUGCACAACCGUGCUACAAGGUGACAAGGUUGUCUCUCUUGAAAAAGACACGCGUCAACGUCUAGAAGCAGAACUCACGCACUAUGCAAAACAAGGACUCCGUGUUAUGGCCAUGGCUCUUCGUUCUGGCAUUCCAGGUACUAAAGAUGUCAUUACAUCUGCUAGUUUUCCAGCAGAGUAUGCUGCGCUUGAGGUAGACUUGACAUUCGUCGGUCUGGUUGCCAUGUUGGAUCCGCCACGUCCAGAAGUUCGUGAAGCGAUUCGCAAGUGUCGUUCUGCUGGAAUUCGCGUGGUGGUGAUUACGGGUGACAAUAAGGAAACCUCCGAGACCAUUUGUCGACGCAUUGGUGUGUUUGGAGAGGAUGAAUUAUUGGCUGGCAAGUCUUAUACUGGCAGGGAGUUUGAUGACUUGACGGAAGCGCAGCAACGUGCUGCUGUUCAAGAAGCAUCGCUGUUUAGCAGGACAGAGCCCUCGCACAAGUCGAGAUUGGUGGAUUUACUUCAAUCUGCCGGUGCAGUGGUUGCCAUGACUGGUGAUGGUGUGAAUGAUGCACCAGCACUGAAAAAGGCGGAUAUUGGCAUUUCCAUGGGUUCUGGAACGGAUGUGGCUAAGCUGGCCAGUGAUAUGGUCUUGGCAGAUGAUAACUUUGCAACGAUUGAGGUGGCCAUUGAGGAAGGUCGAUCGAUUUACAACAACACGCAGCAGUUCAUCCGAUAUCUCAUCUCCUCCAACAUUGGCGAGGUGGUGUCUAUCUUUUUGACGGUAUUGCUUGGUAUGCCUGAAGCAUUGAUCCCUGUUCAGCUUCUCUGGGUGAAUCUUGUGACGGAUGGAUUGCCAGCAACAGCACUAGGCUUUAACCCGCCAGACCACGCCAUCAUGGAACGUGCACCUCGUCACCGUAAUGAGCCACUUGUGACUGGUUGGCUUUUCUUCCGAUACAUGGUGAUUGGCACGUAUGUUGGUAUUGCCACUGUUGCAGGGUACGCUUGGUGGUUCAUGGUGAACCCACAUGGUCCCAACAUUUCCUUCUACCAACUCACCCACUUUCAUCAAUGCAGUGCUGAGUUCCCUUCAGUUGGGUGUGACAUGUUCACAAACCAGAUGAGUCGUCAAGCGUCGACGGUGAGUUUGAGUAUCUUGGUGGUGAUUGAGAUGAUGAAUGCAAUGAAUGCACUCUCUCAAUCGGAAUCGCUGCUGACCUUACCGCUCUGGAAGAAUAUGAAAUUGGUGUAUGCGAUUGUGCUGAGUAUGGUGUUGCAUUUCGCCAUUCUCUAUAUCCCUGCACUGCAGCAGUUGUUUUCUAUUGUGCCGUUGAGUUGGGCAGAGUGGCAGGCGGUGUUGCUGAUUAGUGCGCCGAUUAUCUUGAUUGAUGAGGUGCUCAAGUGGAUUGAACGUGCAUUUAUGAUGCAGGCAGGUGGCCAGACUAGCGACAUGCAGAAUGAGAAGAAGGACCUUUAGAUGUAGCUGAUUGUAGAUUCUAGAUAGACGAGCAGGAGAGUCCAGCCCAUCUGAAUGUACCCUCGGCC